GUGUACUGGGACGUGACACCGACAGGGGAAAGCUGGAGUGCGGAGACGUAACUCGUUAGCUGGCAAGCGAAAAUCGUGACGAACCAAGUGCUGAAAUCUUGGUUGGGACAAAUCAAACGUUCAGCAUUUAUCUCAACCAAGGACCAUGCCGUUUGCUCUUUCCACUUCCUGAAGAUUGAUGCGCUGCCUGCUGGAGACUCUCCUAUCUCUCGUAACAUCUUCUGAAGCCAGGUGAGACGACGAGUAGCGGAGAUUAGCGAACAAAAUAAUGUCGUAUGUUUUGAAAUUUUUGCUAUCUACAGACACAUACUAUUAGUAUGUGUCUAUACUGUUUUUGACAUUUUUGACUCAGUGUGUCACAGUUAGUGUGUGGCCUGUCUUGCCAUGCCGGCGACAAGUCUGGCGUUCGUCCGCUACCGGUAUGCACCUCGCUCAGAAAAUGAUCGUCUACUCGUCGUCAGUGGAUCAUGUACUGGUACGCUACUCCUAGAUCCUGACGUCUUGGUUCAAAAGACUGUCACAAGCGCGUCUUGUCAGCAUUUGUUCGCGCUAUCCACCAGACGCGUGAACGAACUAGCAUUUUCAUGGUCUUUUCAAAACUGCAAUAUAUAUCCGUGUCCCGUUCAGUCUUGUGCACAGGAAGCACAGGAGAAGAGAAAAAGAGUAAACAUCAGUGGCAAGCAACAGUUUGAGCCCAGGUCAGGGCUCAGUGUAGUACAGUUGGUUCUGUCCGGACCUCAACGCGCGAGAGGACGACACUAUGCCUAUGGACUAGUAUAAAAUAUUAUGAUAAUCUAGUGUCGGUGGUAGCAAGCCAAGGCCUGUCGUAGAACUCAUCAAGGCAGUCAGUGCAGUGCUCCGGCUCGGUCGUCCAUCAGUGUGCCUGUGUCCCAGUGAGCAGUGUCUCAAAGUUAUCUAGCCAGUGUUGAACCUAACUCAACUAGUAUUACUACAAUCAUCAUGUCCUUGCAUUGUUCAUUAUCAGCCACAAUCUCAGUGUUCGCCAUUCUGCAUACUAGUACUACUAGUACAUGACUGACUGUACGCUCGUACCGACUGCCUGCGGACUAUCGACUACCGACUACCUGCUACAGUUUGGAUCGUUUCUGCUUGCCUUCACUGGAUGGACCUAGUGCCUCAAUUAUUUCUCAAAGCUCAAGUUAUUUUGAGUCCUCCCUCACUAGUACUACUACUAGUGCACUGGGCCUGACUGAGUCUGCUCUGCACGCAGGACAGUCGGUAGUCGGCAGGGCCUAGGGCUUCUCGUCCGUAGAUCUACUGACAGUUCUGUCGUGCUGACUGUAUGUAGUUCAGUUCAGUCUGUUGUUCGCAUCUAGAUCAACAGACAACACUACUACAGAACAGUCAGUCUACAUCCUAAACUCCGUGUUGGUGGUGUGCGUGUACAUACUAUACUGCGAGCUGCAUGCUGGUGCAGUGGUGGUCCAGCGGAUAUCGCUGGCUUGAGUGGCUACAGCCUCCGACUAGCUCCGAGCACUCAAGCAAGGUGAAAUAGAUUCCUUCGCUUUGGUUGUGUAAAUGUGGAGGAUAGUUGUCACCGACUAAAAAUCGUCGAGCAGUUCGAAAGCGACCAGCGAUCGCUCGGGGUACAGAAGGCAGGCACUGGUCGUGUCUGUUGCACUGGUGUCCUAGAUCCUGGAACAAUGGCCCUGGACGGUUCUGAUGAGGCGGCAACGGGAGGCUCGCGCGCGUCGGGCGCUGCGAUCGACGAGGGAAGAUCACCGAGCCAGCAACAGCAGCAGAGACCUGUGAUGUCCGUGCGCGUUUUGGCGGAGACGAACGAAGGCAACAGGCCGCACAUGGAGGACGUCACGUGUUGCCUUUUCGAUCGCAGUCGCCCUGGCGGUCAAGCAUUCCUGGCGGUGUUCGACGGGCAUGGGGGUCGUCAAGCGGCAGCGUACGCCAAGGAGCACCUUUGGAACAACAUGAAGCGGCAGGAAGGUUUCAACUCGGAGGAUCACGACCAGGUCGAGGGAGCGAUGCGCGAAGCGUUCGCUGUGACACAAAGAGGAAUGGAGAAAGUCGUCAGCACGUGGCCCCGUGCUCGCUAUGGUCUGCCCAGCACGUCGGGCACAACGGCCUCGGUGGCAGUACUGCGCGGUCGCGUUCUCUACACGGCCCACCUCGGCGACUCGGGCAUCGUACUCGGCCGGCGCAAGUCAGUGGCUGCUGACGAUGGUACGCCCUCGGAUUGUAGUGGCUCGGGCUCUACAUCAACAUCAUCAUCGGUAAGUGCAGGCAGUGGUAGUGCCGGCAACGACGAUGAUGAUCUUGCGAGUAAUGCCAUUGAAGCGGUGCCACUGACAGUCGAUCACAAGCCGGACAGCGAAGCGGAGCGCACGGCCAUCGAGGGUCGCGGCGGCAAGGUGCGCAGCGGCACGCGCGGCGUGUCGCGCGUCGUCUGGCGCCGCAAGCGGCCCAUCAACGGCCGCACAGUGCUGAACAUGGCGCACAGCGAACUGGUGGUGGAGGAGAUCCCGUUCCUUGGCGUGGCCCGUUCGCUCGGCGACCUGUGGAGCUACAAUCCAGACAUCGGGGACUACAUUGUGUCGUGCCGGCCAGACGUGACGCAUCGCACGCUCACCGUGGACCGGGAUCAGUUCAUCGUGCUGGCGUCGGACGGCCUGUGGAACGUGAUGUCGUCGGACGAGGUCGUGUCCGCCAUUGCACGUCACACGAUGCGACCGCCGACACCGCCGCCAUUGCACUCACCCGAGCGCCGAGAAGAGAGAGCCGUGGACGACGACGACGACGACGACAAUGACGGCAGGCAACGGGCGGCGACGGCAGACCCGGCGCAGCUGGACGACGUGUGCCACGUGCUGAUACAGGACGCGCUCCACAGCUGGCGUGAGCGCCGUCAGCGCGCCGACAACAUCAGCGUGAUCGUCGCCUUCUUCAAUCCGCCGCUGAGCUCAUCCAGUAGCAACAGCAGCUCGGCUCACAGUUCAAGCAGUUGUGCCACAUCGUCGUCUGCUCCUGCCCACGUCACGGCAGCAGGGAGAAACGUGGUAGCCUGCUCCGAGAGCAACGGAGACAGUCGGACGACGACGCCGAUUCUCGAUGAGGCCACAGACCGCGAGCUCCUGCCAUCGGAUGAGACCGUGGCUGGAGGAGUAGCAGCAGCCGGAGCUGCUGUGUCGGUAGCCGUGAACACGACGGGACUAUCUCCUGUGCACAGCACAGCCGCCGCCGCAGCAGCUAGACCGAGAAGUAGAAUGGCAACGGCCGAGGCUGGCAGCGUAUCGUCAUCUGAAGAGUCGUCUUCAUCGGGUUCCUCAGGUUCCGACCAGGCAAGCGUGCAGAGCCCACCGGUCUUGCGACGCACCGGACGAGUACAAGCUGCUGAUGCCGGCGCACCAACGGAGAGUCCAACAGUGCCGGCGGAGGCUGCCAUGGCAACAGCAGUAGCACCGGUUGCUAUGGACACGCCGUCCAGCGAGGAGAGCACAGCGGUGCCGCCUCAGCAACAGCGCACAACGCGCUCAAGCACCCGUCGCUCCGGAACCGCUGUCGCAAGAACACCCUCGGGUGGCAGCGGUGGAGGAGCAGUCGCCACGGCUACGACAACCUCCCAGUCUUCGCCGUCGCCGUCACCAUCAAGCCGCCGGGCGUCAAAGCGCAAGUCUACGCCGAGCAGCGCCGAAGGGCCCGGCAAGCGCAGCUCUCGCUCGUCCGUGCGCAGUCUGACUGGUGAGCUCGGUGUGGAUGCAUCCGCCACACCCCUGCAGGAAGACACCGUGUCCUCCUCGGGGGAUGAUGUGUGAGCGGAUAGCGACCUUGUGUGCCACAGCAACUCUGCCAGUCUUGACCGAAUCUACACUCUGUAGCUGCCGCUAGCUUGUCACUCAACACAAUUCUCGUCAUCGAGUACACUGCGUGGAUGUCGAUGAUCAGCUGUGGCUUGUCUUCGGAUCUAAUUACUGGAAUUGGCUUUGAUGCUGAGAACGACACUGGGAAUGACUAGAUUGGAUUUCUGACGCUAUAGAGUUCGGACCAACUGCAGGUGCGUGGUUUCUGUCCUGUAGUCUCCAGUCCAGCGUCGCAGUGAAAUGCACUCUCGCUGCACCGUUGUGCCGUGCACAGGCACGCGAGCGGCCUGCUGUGCUGGGCCUCGUUGCCGCGUGCCGAGUCCCGUGUACUGCAAGCCUGGGGAGAUGUGCUGGCGAGGUGUAUGUUCCCACUCGCUCACACCACAGUUAUGGUCGCGCUCUGGAAGCUUGCGGUUGUCUUACCUGAACCUUUACCGUCUGUAGUGUUAAUGAAAGUGUUAAUCGGAAAGGUGGAUAAUCAUGCUCCUCGAAUUCAAUUAUAUUUGUCGGUGGCUUUGAGAAUAAUGGAAAGCCGGCCUUUAGUCAACGGAUGCUACGUGAGUAGUAAGUGCGACGCAGCAUCGGAGUUUCCAUGUAUUACUCGCAGUAAUUAGGCACAUCUGGUAAAUCUACAUGCUCCGUUUCUUCUUGACCCCGAAGCUGUGUCGUAACUGGACGAAGUACUUGGUGACACGCGGCUGAUAUAAAUGAUUUUACCCGUAUGCACACAGUACGCCUUUUUGCAUGGCCAGAAUACAUCAUAUUCACAACAUCAUUCUAGUAGUAGUAGUAGAAGUAGUAGAAGUUACCUUGGACUGAUACCGACACUCAGUCAACGUGAACCAACCUGCUCAGAGACGUUCUGUAGAUUUUUUCAUUUGGAAAACGAUGAUCUAUUUAUAUCCACCCCGAUGAUUCAGAUUGUGAAUAUUGGCAGUCUAGUUUUUAACGUUAAUAACGACAUGAUCUUCCUCAAGUUUCUCGACAAUGGCCCCUAUAACAGUUAUUCUUGACCCUCUGCCUGUUUCUCGUCCCUCUAGUGACAUGCCGGGCGACACCGGCCCGGUUUUUUUUGCCGUUUUCUUCAAGUUAUCGCUCUACAUUUCCCCCUUUCUGUACCACUUUAGAAUGUGUUUAGUGCAGAGAUGUAAACACGUUUCCAGUGUCGUCUGGUUUUGAUAUA